UCCAAGCCGGCAUUUAAAUACCGCUCGCCGCUGCUCGCCGCGAUGCCAGUUCAGUCUUUCAAUAGUACAUAUACAAAGCUUUGACUUUGUCGGAGGAUCGUCGCGCAUAUCACGACCGUCAGAGAAUUAUCUGAUACAGAUUAUAAGCUAUAUAAUAUAUCUCCGUUCGCGAGGAUGUCGAAGGAGAAAGAUCAGCGCAUCAACGUGUUCGUGCGCAUCAAGCCCGUAAGCACGACGGGCGUGCAGGAGAAAUGCGUGGUGGAGAUGAUAUCCGACAAGGAGAUAAUGGUCUACGAGCGAUCGCAGGAGAACAAAUCGUCGAGAAUGUUCACAUUCGACGGUGUCUUUGGUCCCACGUCGACUCAGGUGGACGUGUACAACACGGUGGUCAGCCCGCUGCUGAAGGAAGUCAUCGCCGGAUACAGUUGCACCGUGUUCGCCUACGGCCAGACCGGCACGGGGAAAACGUACACGAUGGAGGGCGAUCGCGUGGACAAUUCGAACUGGCAGAGCGACACGUCCGCCGGCGUGAUACCCCGUUGCCUGAGCCACCUCUUCGACGAGCUGCAGCUGCUGGAGAAUCGGCAGUACGUCGUUCACGUGACCUUCCUAGAAUUGUACAACGAGGAGCUGCUCGAUCUGCUGGCGGACGACGUCCCGCCGUCGAGGACGAUCAAGCUGUACGACGACGUGACGAAGAAGGGCUCGGUUAUUGUUCACGGCCUGGAGACGGUGACCGUUUACAGCAAGGCCGAGAUCUACAGGAUCCUUGAGAAGGGCUCGCAGAGACGGCAGACCGCGGUGACGAUGCUGAACGCGAACUCGAGCCGCUCGCACACGGUGUUCUCCAUAACGGUAUACACGAAGGAGAGCACCGGCGGCGGCGAGGAGCUGAUGAAGACGGCGAGGUUGAACCUGGUGGACCUAGCCGGUAGCGAGCACGUCGGCCGGUCCGGGGCGGUCGACAAGAGGGCGCGAGAGUCCAGGAGUAUCAAUCAGUCCCUGCUGACCCUCGGCAGGGUGAUAACCGCCCUCGUGGAGAAGGCGCCUCACAUACCGUACCGCGAGUCGAAGCUCACCCGGCUGCUGCAGGAGUCGCUGGGUGGGCGAACGAAGACGUCGAUAAUCGCGACCGUCUCGUCCGUCAGCAGUAAUCUCGAGGAGACGUUGUCGACGUUGGAUUACGCCCAUCGGGCGAAAAACAUCACCAAUUGUCCCGAGCUCAAUCAGAGGGUAUGCAAGCGAGCGAUGCUGAAGGAGUACACCAACGAGAUCGAGAGGCUCAGGAAGGAUCUCGUGGCAACGCGCGAGAGGAACGGCAUGUACGUAUCGUUUAACGAUUACGACGCUAUGCAAAUGUUGAUCGACAGCCAGAGGAGCGAGAUAAAGGAAAAGACGAGCUAUUGUAAAGUACUAGAAAACGUUGUGGAAGACAAAAAGAAAAUAUUUGACGAUUUACAAUCGCAAUACGAUGCUCGAGUGAAUGAGCUGGCAAAAAGUAUGGAUCAAUUAAAUGAUACGAAGGAGUUCCUACUAUCAACGAAAGAGUCUUUGACCAAAAUCGAAUGCGACAAGAACAAGCAAAAACGACUUGUGGAGAAGCAUGUCGAAACUGAAAAGCUUUUGCGAGGUCAAAUAGAAACCAUUACAAAUGUAAUAGAUGAAGUAACCAGAGAUGUGCAAAAAUUACAUGACAAAAUUGAUUAUAAAACAGAGGUGCAGGAGAAAAACAAAAAACUCGCAUUGCAAAUGUGGAGUGGGUUUACAAAACGUUGCGAGAACAUCGAAGAUGUAUUUUCGGCUUAUCAGAAAGAAAUUCACACGCUUCUUCAAUCUACAAAAGACAAAAUUGAAACACAUAUAGCUGCACAAGCUGCAAAUAUAGAGGAAUCGAUUCGCUCGACGAUGGAUCAUGUAGUACAUCAGCAUUUUAUCGAAAGUAAAAAAGCAAAGAGGAACGUAAAUACCUUAUAUACAAACUGUCAAAAAGUGUUAAGUACACGCAUGCAAGAUACGUCAGUUGUAAUGGAGAACGAGAAUAGGGAGUUAGCUGAUAUUAACUCGAAACUGGCACCAGAUAUACUCAAUCUAUUCGGACCGAAUUACGACAGUUUUAAGCAGGAUUUACAACUGUUAGGCAGAAACAUUACUGAGAAAUUGGAGAGUAUGUCAGCGUACACGAAAUCUGCCGUAGAGACUAUCUGUAGCCGUCGUCUUAAGGAAUAUCAUUGCAUGCGUAAGGAUUUAAACGAGAUUGGCGAGCAUAUUUACAAAAUAUUACAAAAUAAAAAACAAAUAACAGAAGAUUACAAAAAAUUCAGAAAGGAAAUGAAGACUGUAUCGGACAAUCUUAAUAUCUUAGAUAAUUGUGAUACAAUUAGAUAUUCCGAAAUUGCUAAAACGUCUCAUCAAAUUGAUGAGGUUUGCAAUAAUGUAUAUGAUCAACAUGUACACGGUUAUAAUGCAGAAGUAGUAAAACAAAACGAUUUAAAGGAUUUUCUACACUGUACUGCAUCUCUCAUUAAAAAUGAUAUUGACGGUGUCAUUAAUCAGGUAGAAACAGCAAAUAAAACUGUCACUGAAAAGGGAAAUGCCUUGGUCACCAAUUUACAAGAACGCUUAAGUACAGAGUGUGACACAUUAAAGAGAUACAACAAUAAUAUAACAUUUGGUGGAAAGCAAUUGCAAGAGAAGAUGGCCAAAGAUACAGAUAAAAUACUUAGUUCAAGUGCUGACACCUUUACAAUGAUUGAAAACAUGGGUCUGAAUCAUAUUAGAUUUAUGCAAGAACAGCAAAAUAAGAUUACAGAUGGUUCCAGGAUGAUGAACGACAUUUUCACGAAUAAACGCACGGAAUUAAGUAACUGUAAUAAUAACAUAAUCGAAAAAUUGCGCGCGUCACAAAAGCAAAUCGACAAAUUCUUGACUGAAGAUUAUUGUCGCGAUAUUUGUACAGGCACAACACCAGAGAGAAAGAUAUUCUCAUAUCCUCAUGAGUUUGCAAAAAUGUCGCCUCCUGAAUGAAUCAAAUAUCACAAGAAAACCUAAAUUGCGGAUCUGUUUACUAAGACUAUUAUUAUAAUUAUAAUUAUAUAUAAGUAGAUAUAAUUAAAAGUGACAUA